CGGAGGGACUUCCCCGCAGGGCCACAGAAACUGCCGGGAAGGAAGCGGCUGCUCGGCUGCGGGUGACUCACCAGCCCUGGGAGUCCCGGUGUCGGGACCUGUGUCCCCGUGAGUCAGGACCACGCACGGGAGCAGGAGCUGGGCUGCUAGAUCCUCUCCCAUCCAGAACACACAGAUGCUCUGUUGUUGAGUAUCUCAUGAGGGCCCUUCUUCAACAGCAGGUGAGAGCGUGAGUUGCCCGUAAGCCAUGGUGGUGAUGGCUGUGCAGAUGGGGGGCCUGGCCUUGUCGGUGCUGGGCUGGCUAGGCACCAUCCUGACCUGUGCGCUGCCCAUGUGGAAGGUGACGGCCUUCAUUGGCUCCAACAUCAUCGUGGCCCAGGUGUUCUGGGAGGGGCUGUGGAUGAACUGUGUGUACGAGAGCACAGGCCAAAUGCAGUGCAAGGUCUACGACUCGCUGCUGGACCUCUCCUCGGACCUCCAGGCAGCCCGAGCCCUAGUUGUGGUCUCCAUUGUGGUGUCCUUCCUUGCCCUCCUUAUUGCCAUCUUUGGGGCCGAGUGCACCAGGUGCGUCGAUGACAAGGGAGCCAAGGCCAAGAUCUCCAUCACCGCCGGGGCUGUCUUCAUUCUGGCCGGGAUUGGGCUGCUCAUCCCUGUGUCCUGGUCGGCCAACACCAUCAUCAGCAACUUCUACAACCCCAUGGUGCCAGAGGCUUUAAAGAGGGAGCUGGGGGCUUCCCUCUAUGUGGGCUGGGCCUCAAGUGCCCUCUUGGUGUUUGGGGGGGCCACCCUGUGCUGCUCCUGCCCCCCCAGCCAAGAUGCGCCGUACCCCAUGAAGUACAAAGCGGUGAAGCACUCCAGCCUGGGGAGCUAUGCCCUUAAGAACUAUGUGUGAGGAGCCCUGCCUUGCCCCCCCUGGAGAUCCCCCCCUCACCCCGGCCCAUCCCACGUGCUCGCAGGGGCCCCUUCACAGCCAUCCAAACAGAUGUUGGCUUCAAGCCGAAGUGUGUGAAAUUUGCAGGGGUUCCCCUCCCGGUCUGGGUCCUGCCCCACAUGUAUCCUCCUACCUGCAUCUCACCCCACCUGUCCCACUUCCCCACGCGUUUCCCUGCCUGCAUCCCACCCUCCCCAUCCCACCUCCCGAUGUGUAUCCCCCCUGCAUCCCACCCCACCUCCCCAUGCGUUUCCCUGCCUGCAGCCUAUCCCACCCCACCAUGUGUAUCCCCCCCGCAUCCCACCCCACCAUGUGUAUCUCCCCUGCCUGCAUCCCACUCAACCUGUCCCACCUCCCCAUGUUCCCCGCCACUGCAUCCCAUCCAUCCCACUUUCUCGUGUAUCCCCCUGCAUUCCACCCCACACAUCCCACCUACUCGUGUAUCCCCCCUGCAUUCCACCCCACAUGUCCCACCUACUCGUGUAUCCCCCCCACGUCCCACCCCACACGUCCCGCACAUAUUUCCUCCUUGCCCAUGUCUCACCCCACUUGUCACCUCCCUACACGUAUCCCCUCCUUGCUGGUGUCCUGCCCCAUGCACCCCCCCUCCCUCCCCAUGCCUGCUCCCCACCCACAUCCCACUGGACGUGUGCUCUCUCCCUGUCUGUUCUGUUCUGUGUAGGCUCUUACACCACACGUACUCCCAUCGUUUCUAAGUGCCGUCUAGUCGGCCCACAAAGGCUGGUGGACCUGAUCAGGCCUGGGCCAAUCAGGCACGUCCAGUCAGCCUGUAGCCCUUUCCUCAGGGCUCUUUAUUCUUUGUUCUCAGCUGUGACCGUGGGCCCCCCAGGCUCUAUAGCUGAAGGGGCUGGACCUUCCCCAGCCUGGAGCAGGGGGCCCGGGGUUUCCUGCCCUCUCACACCCUCCUGCUGCAGCCACAAGAGACCACCCUGCAAACCCUCUCCGGGAGCUGGGCUCCUCUGUAGCCCCUGGCUGGGAAGCAUCAGCCCAGUCCCUCAGUGCUGCCCAGAAGGGCCAUACUGGCCAGUUCCAGACGGGGAGGUCAGUGCAGGGCGGCUUUGGAAGCAGCUCCUGGGGACACGGGCAGCGGCUCCAGGCCCUUCGUUACUGGUCUAACCAGCUGUGGAACAGGCAGCACUGAGGGACAGGAGGCUGGAGCCCCUGAGCCAGCCACAACCCCCCCCCGCAGCCCCUGCCCCACACACA